AUGCCCACAUUCCCUCCCGUCAAGAGGAGGACGGAUAGCGCCCUGGCUGCCAGUCAGGCGGCGGCGGCCAUUCUUGCUGCCGCCGAGCAGCUGUCGUGCCUCUCCAGUGACGACGACGCCCCUCCUCCAAUCAACCCGGUUUCGAGACGCACUGUCCUCAACCCGACCCGCGCGCUGUGCCCCAAGCCAAUAACCAAACCAAAUCGUCCCAUCCAGGGCUUUGCAUGUGCGUGUGUAGCCAUCGCCUUGGCCAGAUCGGUAGCAGCAACCCACCCACAACCCGAACCCAACGUUGGAAGGGGCAAAAACUCUCCUUUACCGACGUUGACGCAACCUCGAGGUCCGGGCGCACGGCCGGGCAUUGACGGCGGCGGCGGCGGCGGCGGGCGGGAGGGCGGCGGCAGCGGACGGGGCAACCGGUAG